UUUUGUUCUUGAUCAUGGAUUUAGUAGUCUAAGUUGCUUAACAGCUGGUUAUUAGAUUGAUUCAUUGGUUAACCAGUGGCGCUCUGUUUUGUUGUUUAGGAAUCAUAAAACUUUGAAUUUACUUUAACUUCCGAUGGAUUUUUAUGGUCAUUUCAGAGACACUAAAAUAGAAAAAGAUUGUUUAGAAUUAGAAGAAAAGAAAUUAAACUGCUGUUAUGUUGUUAUUUUUCUGUGUAUUAUUUGCUUGCUCAUCCAAUUUUUUUCCCCUAAGAUGCAAUUGAGCAAUGUGUACCUGGGUUUGUGGGUACGGCCCUCUUGCCCUUCAAAAAGGCUUGAUCUAGGGUAAAGAUGACUUUAUCUGAUCAUCUUUCAAUUAUCAUAAGACUCAAUAGUGUUGAAUCCAUGAGAAGCACAUUUUCUCUGGAUUUCUACUAUGUAAUUUGUAUGGUUUAGGUUAUCGCUAUUGCAAGGAUGGAGCUGUUAGUGGGAUACUAGAUACUGUUCUGAAAUAACUCAGCUGGAUGAUAUUUCAUGGGAUGAGGUUGGUGAGAAUGAUGACCAUAUAGUGCCUCAUCGUUGCGUUCAAAAAGGGUUCGUCUUUCCAGCUCAAGUUGGUUUCGGCAAGAGGGAUAGGUGUUGCCGAAUAUUUGCUUCUAGAAAUAAUAAGAGCGUUGCAAGUUUACUCCUAAAUAUGGUAUUCAGGGAAGAGUGGGAGUAAAAGACAUCAAGGGUCCUAUGUUGGAAAACAAUUUUUGGUCUGGUUCUCCUGAAGGUUUAUCUCUUGAUUCAGGAGAUACCAAUUUAAUUCAAGAAAUUGCAAACUUCGCUUGCACUGAUGCUAAGUUAUCCAAUAACUGCUUUCUAGAUAACAACAUUAUGUCUUCAAGUGGUAAUGCAUUAUACGGAAAUGUUAUGUUUGAUGAUAAACUGGCUGCCAGAGAUAGCAGCUUUUCUCGAUUUCAGCUUGGUGAUCUCACUCCAACAAACAACAAAUUUUGUGCGGGUGAAGAAGAGCAGAAGGAUUCCACUAAUCUUUUGUAUCAUGGAUGGCCUGACAUUGGCAAUCUUGAAGAUGUUGAAAAGAUGUUUAGCUGUGAUUCCACUUACGGGCAAGGGAGUUCUAGUUAUGACAAUGAAGUUUCAUGGCUCUCGUCUCCUGUCGACAGCUCUGAUGAUGCUCUAAGAUCUAGUUUCAACUCGUCAAUUUCCGAGUGGAAAAGUACAUCAAAACAAAGUGAAGGAAAUACAGAAUAUCUGUGCAGCAGCGUUACUCCUUCAAGCACCAAUUUUGGCAAGCAAAAUGUCUUUGAUAGUUGUUGGACGAAUUCCCAGAAUCUAGGUGCUGACGAUUCUUCCUCUGCGUGUCCAUCUUUUUGUAAUAUGGUGGAUAUAGAUGUUGAAGAUAGGAGGUUAUCUAUAUCAAAUGAGCAGGUUUCUGCUUUUGCCCUGGGUCAUGCUCCCAUGGAGAUGUCUCCAAACUUCCCACCGGAGAUUCCACCAUCUAUGAUCCUGGAGGAGAAUAUAGCAAAGCAUAACCAGCACGAACAUAUGCAAGUAUCAUAUACGACUGCGUAUCAGCAUGAAGAUUCCGUGAUUCAGCAAGCACAGAGUCAGACAUCACUCACUGACAAGGUUCCAGUUGGGGAAAAAUUGCAUCAAAGUCUUAAUGCAGUUGAACUACUAAGCAUUGAGGUGCCAGCAGUAUCAGAUACAUCGACUGUACCGGGAAACCCUUGUGAUUCUACAUUCUUGGAUGAUGUAUCAGUAGAAGCAUCUGGUCUACGACAGCUUCUAUGGAUCAUGAAGCAGUUGGAUAGUAGAACAAAGCUAUGUAUAAGAGAUAGUUUGUACCGCUUGGCUAGAAGUGCUGAUCAAAGACACAAUCUUGGAUUAUCAAAAAGUAGCGGCAGAGAUAUCAUAAAUGAAAAAGGAGUUUUCACAACUGAAGAAGCAAAUGUGUCUUCGGAAUUGAAGGACUUGGAAGCUGUUACAAAUCCAAUCGAUCGCUCUGUCGCACAUUUACUUUUCCAAGUCCCAGCCAAACCGGCUACGGGAGUUUGUGAUGGUUCCUUAUCUCUAGAGUCCUCUAGCGUGGUUCAAGGGGCUAUCACUAGCCAGCAUUUGAUUCCUUACGAACUGCUCUACGAGGAAAAACAUUCUGGUGGGGUGGAGGAAAUCUCUGAAUACUGAUCAAGAGUAAGAAAAUUAUCUCCUUCAGCAACUUCAAUGAAUUUUCUUAUGUAUGUUAGCUGUUGCUUAUCACUAUGUCCGAGUAGUGAUACAUUACAAGUUGUCGUGUACUGGUUGCAAAGAAGAAUAUAUGUAACUCCAGUUACAAGUGACAACUUCAGCGACCUUUCUGGUGUGUAUUAAGCGGUUCUGCAUCGCCAAAGAGCUCAUAGGCAACACACUUACAGGCCUAUGUCAUCUUUUAGGUGUAUCAGUUACGUGACUAUAGCCUGUAUCACAAAAUAAAAAGAAAAUGCUUUUUUAGCUAUUUUAAGAUUCUGCUAAUGUACAUAUACUUGUUCCGAUUGGCAUAAUUAUGAUAGGUAGCCACUUAUUUGUGAUCAUUAUACAAAAUCAUGUCUUCAUCCUUUCACGUUUUCCAGUCAGUUAAAUGACUGAGAGAUAAGGACAGAAUUAUAGAAAGAUACCCAUACUCCUAUUAGAAAAGUAAGGAUCUGAUUUGGUCCGUCUAUUGGAAGUAAAUGAUACAAAGAUUUGAAUAUUGUCUCGUGGCAUGACCUCAUGACAUUUUCUUUGGUCAUGUUUGUGUUGGUACUGGAUGCGGAUUCUGGUUAACAAGUUCAGUUUCCAGCAAUGCGCUAAAGUGUGAAAAUGGUUAUCUGGAAACACUAUUCUUCUUGUGGUGCUAUAAAAACAAA